GGUUUGCAUAUGGAUCGUCGGCGAGCCGUACGCAAGCGAGUGGACCACCUCUGUAGGGUUAUCAAGAGGAGCUCACUGAGAGUGACGACGAGUGAUGAGAAAAAUCCUCUGGCAACUCUCGACGUAGAGGCCUUCUUGAACGGUCUUAACGAAUUAGACGAUUUCUCGGCGACCGAAAUAUAUUCGACUGAGGGCGGCGGUGGUGAUAGUAGUAAGGUAUAUGUAGGAGGGUUGGACGAUGCGUGUAACUUUGCGGAGUUAAAACGUCGAGAUAUCGGAACGAUUAUCAACUGUGCUGGUGCUCAGUGUGCUUUGGCUCGGCUACAAGCUGAUGUUGUGGGCGGCCCUAAUCCAUACAAAGAUGUCCGAUUUCAAGAGGAAUGUUAUAAGGGUAAACUAGGAGAUCAUAUAGAAUAUGUUUUUAUUGCGGCUGAGGAUAUGCCCCGGUAUCCAAUCGAGAAGCAUUUUGAUGAGGUGGCGAUGUGUGUAGAUCGGGGAAUCGCAAAUGGGCAUUCAGUGUUGAUACACUGCAUGCAGGGAUAUAAUAGAAGUUGUGCACUGCUGUGUGCGUGGCUAUGUGGAGGAAUCCGAGGUCCAAGAAUGAGUCUGUGUGAAGCAGUGGAGUUGUUGGCGUCGAGGCGACAACACGUCCUCAGCAAUCGGGGCUUUUUGAGGAAGUUAGUGGAGGCGUAUUGGCCGCCGAGUGAGGAGGAGAUUAAAUGCAGUGUUGGCCCCCUGGUUGACCUGUAUGGUGAGCAAGUGAUGGAGGCUCCGAUUGAUCUGGUUGGAGAGGUUAAAGAGUGCGCUACCGCGGGGCCGAUGGUGGCCGUAUCGAGUAAUGGGAAACCCCUCUCGAGAUUUGCUCAGAGUAGGAGGAUGAAAAAGGAGCUCACACAGGAUAGCUGAUGCUCACGAAGGGGGAUGGUGACUGUGAUGUGGCGAAGGAAUGGUAUGGAAUCCGGCCGCGCGCUCGCCUUAGUGGAAGGGUUGCUUCGACUUC